CGCGCCCGAACUGUCACCCGAACUGUCACCCAGAGUUGGGGAAAAAAGUGUCCUGCGAAUAAUCCGCUCGUUCCUCGUUCCUUGUGCGUUGUGACCACCUAAAAUGACCAGAAACCGUUCCUAAUCGUUGUCGUUGGUGGUCCUUUACGCUCUCUAUCCGAUAAGAAAUCUAUCGAUACGAGCCCUGCUCCGCACGAACGGACUCGCUAUGAACUGCAAACCGCUCGUGACGUAUUCCGGCGAUGCGCGCAUCUUUAAGACCCUGGAACCGCACAUUGUGGCGGCUCUGCCGUCGGAUUCGGCCGAAUGGAAGCGUUCGUACGGGCGACCGGUGAAGAAUGUGCGCGUGGAAGUCACCUUCAAACCGUUCGAGCAAGCUGCCCUCGAUAGGUACAAGGAGGGCAAGUGGAACAUCGCUGACCACCCAGUACUGCACAUCUACGUGACCGAGUGCAGCGAUCUCGAGGCAUACCGUGGAUCGGUGAAGGAGGAGAUCGACCAGUGGCUCAAGCUGCUCAACGGGUACGGUGUGACCGAUUGGAUGAUACUGCUGGUCGAGACGCUGGACGUGAAGAAAUCGAAAAACAUUCUACCCCGCACGACGGUACUGGACAAGAUCCGGCUCGAGUUUGGGGCCAAAAAUGGGGACCGCUGCCUGUCCAUCCUCAACCCGGCUCGGUUCGAGAUGAAGGCCACGGAAUCGUUCCGUUGUCUGCUGCAGCGCAUCCGCCAUCUGAUGCUGACGGGAUACAACAAAAGUAUCGUCAAGUACGAAGAACUCAUUCGUACGAAUCGCGAGAAUCGCAUCCAGGAGAACUGGAGCUUCAUCGAUUACUUUCUGCUGCAGGAACAGCUUGCCUUCGUGCUGGAGAUGCUUGGUCAGCACUCGGAAGCGCUCGUGCAGUACGACGAGCUGGAUGCCAUGUUCUCCCAGUUCAUUCUCAACUCGGUGUUUGGCGAGAAGCAAAAGUGGCUGCUCAUCUUCGACCAACCCCUCUACGCGUUCCAUGGCAUAUCGUUAAAUCCGGCAAAAAUGAUGGAAACUCGGGCCAAAAUCGUUUCGCGCAAUGUUACGCUUCUCGAGUUUCGUAGUUACCUUUUCGAACGACAAUGCCUACUGCUCGAUGCGGCCGGUAAACCAUGGGAAAUCGCCGAAAGAUUGCUUCCGUUCCUGUUCUCAACGCUGCGCGAGAUCGAAGCCCUAAAACUGGAAACACCAGAAGGAGCACUGGCCUGCUGGGAGUUUGUUUGUGCCCUCGAGGUGCUCAAUCUGUGCGAUAAGGUACAGGAAUCGAAAGACAUCUACAAGUGUUCCCAGUUUUCCGCUCCAAUUUGGAAUCUGGCCAAAGAUAAGCUGUACGGUUUGGGUAAACAGUGUGGGCUGCUGCCAGGCUUUGUACCCACCUCGGAACAGCUGCAUACCGUGCUACACCUGUCGGCCGGCAUGGGUGACAGUAUGCCCGAGACAGCGGGCCACGGAACGGCUUCAGCUCGUCUAGAGCUUCAGCCCGAGCUGCACGUAGAAGCGCGCGCCGGCAAACCACAUUCACCGGCACGGAAGCCGAAGAAAUCGGCCACCGAUACGCUGAAGGAGGCCCUCGGAACCAACCAAGCCUUCACGAAGCUUUAUCUCGAGCUGAGCGAGCUGGCGAUCAGUACGUACAAGCACGUGUCACGCCUCCGAUCGGCUCGAUUGGUCGGACUUGAUCUGGGCAACUUCUACAUCACUCUCAACGAACCCCAGAAAGCGGUCAACUUCUUUACGGAUCUGCUGCGUGAACUGAAGCAGGAAAACUGGCACUACCUGGCCAGCCAAACGCUGCUCGAGCUCGCUUCGUGCUACCGGAAGAUGGAGGACAACGUUAACUACACAAAAACGUGCUGCGCGAUCGCUUGCUGCCACGAUCUCGAGCUGCUCGUCCGGACGUUCUAUUUCGACGAGUUCGUCAAAUCCCUCCGUACGCUUCAGGCGACGCGAAACGUGGACAUCGAAGCACUAAGUGUGAUCUGCACACUCGAAGAUCACUUGCGCAUCGAACGGAUUCAUCUCGAGAGCGCCUCGAUCGUACAGGACGAGUUUAUCGUCGUGCAGCUUGAACUCGAAAGUAACUUUCCCCGGGAACUGACCGCGGAGCAGGUGCUCCUAUCGUUCGAGAUGAACGCCAAGCAGCAGAGUAACGUCACCGAGCAACCGUCCGCUGGUGUAAAACCGUCGGCAGAAAUCGGUGCCCAGCUACCGAUAACGUUGCAUCUCGAUUACAAACAAGAUAACUCGCUCAGCGGAUCAUCUGUUGCGUGUGACACUCGCACCAAGCAACCGGUCCGACGGAGCAGUAGCACACGGCGCAAAAUUUCUCCAACGCAGCGAUCGGACUUUACCAACUGUGUGUCGUGUGAGCGGAUUGUGCUGCAGCCCGGUCGUAACUCGCUCACGCUCAAGACAAAGGCAACCCGUGUCGGAACAUGGAGCUUCCGGCAGCUAGCGGUCCAGAUCGAUAGCGUUGAGUUUCUGUCCGAGGGUUUACCGCCUCGGUUGGAGCACUUUGAAACGAUCACAAAAGCAUCGAUCGCUUCGCUGAACUUUGUGAAUCUCGUUGCUGGCGUAGAGCAACCGGUCGAACUGGUCAUUGCGGCCGGAAGCUUCCGCUUUCCCAAAGAUGCCAGCGCAACGUUGCGCUGUUCGAAGAAUCUACGCGUGCGACUUCAGGCCGGUACAACCCAGGAGAAGACAACAUUCGAGCGGGAACUGAUCGUGCCGCUGAACGAUUUCGCUCCGUUUGAACAGCGCUCGAUCGCACUAGAGGCGAUCUGUGAUCUGCCUGGUAAGAGGGAGGAGCGUGCGAUCGAACAGAAGGUUUCACUGCAGGUACCCUGGAGCCGAAAUGAGAUCACAAUUCCACUCCACUUUAUGCCGGCCUUGAUCGCCUCCUGUCGCCUGCACUCGUCCGGUUCCCGCAAGUUCCUUCAGGUAGUGAUGAAGGGAGUCAGCGAUUACCGUUUGGUACUGCGCGAAGCACAAAUGACGUGCAGUGCCACGGGUGUCACGAUAAUCGAUAUUAAUCCUCGCGAGCCACAGGAAAUGGUUAUGACCAAGGGACUCUCGAUUUCCUAUCUGUACGAGCUACAGGUGGAAGCGCUCAAGGCUGAACGCGAACUGCCGAUCGUGAAUGUGGACUUUCGGCUACGGUUUGCCGAUGCCAGCGUACCGAACGAAACCCGCUCCUAUCUACCGUACAGUGCGACGUUCGAUGUGAUGGACUACACGACACUCUUUACGAUCUGUGCGAAGGUUGAACCACAGGAGCUGUGCCGUGUCAACUCGGUCUGCCACCUGAAUCUGCGCAUCUCGAAGGUGCACGAUAAUCCGUAUGCCGAUCUGAUGUACGAGGUGUUGGCUGAUCAGAACAUGUGGGCUGUCGUUGGUCGUACCGCCGGUGUUAUCUCGAUGGAGGAAGUGGAAAGCCACAGUAUCACGCUGGAUGUGUUACCGUUGGCCGCUGGCUUUCUACCGCUUCCGAACAUUCGUCUGUCCAAAUACAUCUCGGCAAGCAAAUCGAAAAGUGAUGCCCAUCCACGCUUGCAACCGUUUCCUCCAGGACAGAUCUACAACUCGACCAAAAGCAUGCAGAUACACGUCCUAGCUAGCAACACCAACUCGGUUGACCAGGUGCAGUAGGAGAGUAACGCUAUCGAUCGAUCCGAUCCGAUUCGGACGUGCUGCUCCAGCCCUCUGAAUUUGUCCGACCGUUUAUAGCUUAAUCGUUAAAUGGCAAUACGCAAUACAACACGACGCAUUCCAAGUGCGAGACACACAAA